GGGCGCAAGAGAGUCGAGCCCUCCCUUGUUUCACGUGAUCGCGCCACCUAUUGCCCGGCGCCGCUCCAAACUCCGAGUGUCCAUAGCCUGUGAUUCUGCACUGGUGAAUGGCGAUCCCGACUCCCGGAAUUCCCCUUGAUAGAUCGCUCAGUCAGACACGGCAGAGUGGAUGUAUGGUUAGGACUGUGGCAUCUGGUCGCGCCACUGGGUGAGGGAAAAGGGCCGCGCCGGUGCCGCACGACAGCGCUAUGACCAUCGCAAUGAUAGCCAAUCAGGACCCACAGGAGGGCCCACCUAAUACCCCACCUCAGGGAGGGGAUGGAGAAGUGCUGGGUGAGGGGGAAGGGGAGGAAAUGGGAGCAGGUGAACCAGACUUUCCACUGGCUGCCUUGGCUCGGCUAGAUGAGAUGAUCCAUCGGCAAAGAUGGGUUGUACCAGUCUUGCCAAAGUGUGAGUUGGAGCUCCUCUUAGAUGCCUCCAUUGAUCUGUGCACCCGUGGUUUGGACACAAGAAGUGAAGCAUGCCAGAGGUUCUUCCGUGAGGGUCUUACUAUCUCAUUCACCAAAAUUCUUACGGAUGAAGCAGUUAAUAGUUGGAAAUUUGAAAUUCAUAGGUGUAUUCUCAAGAACUGUGAAAAAUUAAUUGAACUGGUGGUAGUAAAACUGCACCAAGACUGGUUUCCUUUACUUGAUCUGCUUGCAAUGGUGCUCAAUCCUAAUUCCAAGUUCCACACCUUCAAUGGAACCCGCCCCUCGGAGACAGUACCUCAGGGGUCCCAGAUUCCAGACUCUGAGCUAUUUGCUCGGCCUCCUGACCCUAGGAAUCCUAGGGGUUGGCUGGUAGAUCUUAUCAACCUCUUUGGCAAACAUGGAGGCUUCCAGAUUCUCCUAGAAAGAUUCCAAUCUGGCAAGAAUCUAUCGGUUCCAGUGAUUUGUGCUCUCCUCCGACCAUUUGGCCUAUGCUAUGAGAUGCUCACAAUACCUACUAUAGAAAAAUAUUUCAUGUCUAUUGUAGAGGUAGUCCCUGCCUUCUUAGAAAACCUCACUGAUGAUGAAUUGAAGAAAGAAGCCAAGAAUGAGGCCAAGAACGAUGCACUGUCAGCAAUUAUCAAAGCCAUUAAGUGCCUGGUGUCCCGAGUGCCCAGUCAGGAGGAGACGGCCAAGAACUUGGAAAUAUUUAGGUUGAAAAUGAUACUCAGGUUAUUGCAAAUAUCAUCCUUUAAUGGGAAGAUGAAUGCUCUGAAUGAAGUAAACAAAGUGAUUACCAAUGUGUCCUAUUACUCCCACCGUCAUGGACCUUUUGAGGAAGAGGAAUGGCUGACAGCAGAGCGCAUGGCAGAAUGGAUCAAGGAGAAUCGCGUGCUGCAGAUUGUAUUGCGUGAUUCACUCCAUCAGCCUCAGUAUGUAGAGAAAUUAGAGAAGAUCAUUCGCUUUAUCAUCAAGGAGAAGGCUUUGACCCUAGAAGAUCUAGAUGAUAUCUGGGCAGCACAGCAUGGGAAACAUGAGGCCAUUGUGAAAAAUGUGCAUGAUCUCUUGGCCAAACUUGCUUGGGAUUUUUCCCCAGAACAACUUGAUCACCUUUUUGGAUGCUUCCAGACAAGCUGGAGUCAAGCUAGUAAAAAACAACGUGAGAAACUUUUAGAAUUAAUCCGAAGACUAGCAGAAGAUGACAAGGAUGGUGUCAUGGCACACAAGGUAUUAACUCUGCUGUGGUCCUUAGCACAUUCAGAUGAUGUUCCAACAGAAAUAAUGGACCAGGCUCUCAAUGCUCAUGUAAAGAUUUUAGAUUAUUCAUGCUCACAGGAUCGAGACACCCAGAAAAAGCACUGGCUUGACAGAUGUGUGGAGGAACUCAAGCAUGACAAGUGGGUCCUCCCAGCACUGAAACAAAUACGAGAGAUAUGUUGUUCGUACAGUGAGGCUCCACCUAACUUCUCACAACACCAGCGCCCAACUCCACAUGUCAGCUACCGUCACGAUGUUAUAUCCAAGCUACAGAAUCAGCACUCACUCGUGGUCCUUGUGGCAGAUAAUCUCACAACUUACAUGAAGAAUAUUAGACUAGCUGCCAAGGAAAAUCCAGACCUGAAUCCAGCAGAAAUAAUUCCGGAUGGCCGAUACAACCACAUUUGUCAAGUUCAGGAGCGGCUAAAUUUUCUCAGGUUUCUGUUAAAGGAUGGUCAGUUAUGGCUGUGUGCACCUCAGGCCAAACAGAUAUGGAACUGCUUGGCAGAAAAUGCUGUCUUCACUGUUGACAGAGAAUCGUGCUUUAAGUGGUUUUCAAAGUUAAUGGGCGAUGAACCAGAUCUUGAUCCAGAGAUUAAUAAAGAUUUCUUUGAAAACAAUAUAUUGCUUCUGGAUCCAUCACUGUUGACUGAAAAUGGCAUGAAGUGCUUUGAUAGAUUUUUCAAGGCUGUUAAUUCAAAAGAGGGCAAGCUGGUUUUGAAGAAACGUGUAUACCUCAUGGAUGAUGUUGAUCUAAUUGGUGUUGAUUAUGUUUGGAGGGUUGUACUCUGUGGAACUGAAGAUAUUGCUAGCCGUGCCAUUGAACUUCUGCGAGAGACAUUCACUAAUCUAGGACCAAGACUCCAAGCAAGUCAAGUCAUUAUUCAUGAUGACUUUUUGUCUAGUUGUAUGUCCCGGCUAAAGGCAAUGUAUGACACUGUAUCAGUGUUAGAUCGGGAUAAAGACUCGGUUAACAGAAUUAGGCAAGAGACUACAAGAAUGUGUCGUGUCCUUAAAGUUUUAUAUGAAUAUGUGUCAGAAUGUGAUGGUGAUUUUGGAGAUGAUCGCUCGAUUUUGCCACUUGGAAGAUCCUCAAGGGGCAAGCAUUUGUCGCUCUUGGUACGAUUCCCUGUGCAGGGUCGGCAACCAGAUGAACUGGAUGUUUGGACUCAUACUAAUGAUACUAUGGGAGCCAUCAGAAGACAGGUUUUGCACCGUCUGAAGUCAACAGCUCCAAAUGUAAAAGUCGAACUCUACCUGAACACCGACCCCAUAGAUCCAGUUGAUGACAAGAAGAUUAUAGCACAUAUGCCUCUUAGAGAUAAAAUGGUAUUGACAGCUAAGCUAGUCCAAGUCGGAAGUAACAUGCCAUCAUCCCCAGACAGUUCCUCCGAUUCUUCAACAGGUUCCCCACAACACCCGUAUGAGGGACCUAACGUUGAUGCAGAAAAUUGUCUUCCUGGUGUUAUAAUGUCAGGUCAAGGAAAGUAUACACAAUUCCUCCUGCAAUUAGCGGACUUGGGCUGCACUUUACAACUACCACAGUUGAGAGAUAGUGCACGUGCUCUUCUUGAAAUAAUGCCGGCAGACCAGUACACAGUUAACAAUUUACGAACUCUGUGUAUGGAGCAUGCAAAGAUUGGAGACCAGAACAUGUCUCCUUCUUUAGAAAGUAUUGUAUUUUCACCAUCUCCAUCACAAGUCCUCUAUAACUUGCAGGUUUUAUACUCUCUCCUCAUGCCUGCACAUAACCCUAUGUCAGAAAAGGCACAUGAAUUCCAGUACAAUUUCAUGAAAAGUGGAGGAGUAAAGCUUAUCAUUGAUAUGCUGUCCAAAAACAACUUCCUUUCAAACACAGAUAUGCCCACCAAAAGGUAAGAUUUCUUUGCUGUAAACGUUAGCUUUCAGAUUAAAUGCCUGAAGAUAGACACAUGCAGAGAAAACUUAUGCAGUGCUGUAAGUUUGGCAGCAUCCACGCACACACAAGCUUUAGUGCUCCAAGAAGCACUGCAUCACAUCCCCAACCCAGCCUCAGACUGCAUGGUGCGGAAUGUGGCAUCACGUCUGGCGCAAUCGCUUCACGACCAGGUCACUAUCACAUCAUGUCUCUGGGCGCACUUUAUAACUGGUGUGGUCCCUGACAUGAGUGUGGUCAGAGCUAUUCUCAAAAUUACCUGGGCUUCAGCAGCUGGCCAGGGCCAUCUUAUCACAUCGUCUCUUGAUGAGAUUGAAAAGGCAGCAGAGAGACCGCCCACAAAACCCCCAGAUCCAGAGGACCUAUGUGUGUGCCGUGAGGGUCUGGAAACACUGUCAGUAGUUCUAGCCCUUUAUCCCCCUGCUCUUGAAACCUUGACCAAGGACACCCAGUUCCACAAACUUGUGAUGGGGUUGGUGUUAGUAGGCGGUGAGCGAAGCAUACGGCAAUGUGCAGUGGAGCAGCUCUUGCUUAUGGCUACAAAAUGCUCGAACUCGCCCCACACCCUCGUCGUCUUUAUCGUCAUGCUGUUCAAUGUUCUCAAUGGCCUCAAUAGCGAGUACUCGAAAGAAUAUUUUCAGCUGUUGUGUGGAUUACUAAACUGGGCGUGUGUAUCGAGUGUGACUGUAACAGGCGUUGACCGCCUACUAACCACGGAGGUGGAGUGGUUGAAGAAUGUCAGAGCCAGUGUAGCUCAGAUGGCCCAAGGUGGACCAGAGCCCCCAGUAGAUGAAACUUUGUUGGAAGGCCAUCUCUGUGUAACUAGGGAGCUUGUAGCCUUCCUCCCUCCUGAGAAGAAAUAUGAAAUUGGUGGUGAUCCUUCCAAAGGAAUUUUUCUCAUUAGGGAACUUGUAGAAGACUUUAUAUUCCCAUUUUCUAAGGUGUACCUUCAAUUAGAGCAUGCCGCAGAGAUGCCUGCUGAGCAGGCCAUACCAGUGUGCUCAACUCAACCGACUGUGAUAGCAGCAUAUGAACUCCUAGUCACUUUAUGUACUGGCUGUGUCCCGAACCUCAAACUGCUGGCAGAAAUGCUCACCAAUAUGUAUUAUUCAGACUGCGAUGAGAGUAUUGGGGAAUGGGAAUAUCUUCCUCCUGUAGGCCCACGACCUAUGAAAGGUUUUGUGGGUUUAAAGAAUGCUGGGGCCACAUGUUAUAUGAAUUCUGUCCUCCAACAAUUAUACAUGAUCCGACAAAUAAGACAUGGGGUCCUAGCAGUGGAAGGCGCAGCAACAGAUCCAGAGGAAGACUUCAGUGGUGAGGAAAGAAUGGAACAGGAGACCAACCUUGAUGGUAAUGAAGAUGAUGCCAUGAGUAGUAGUUCCAAUGAAGAGAGCAGGAAGGAGUACCAUAUUGGUAUACUAAAACAAGUGCAAGCCAUCUUUGCACAUCUGGCUUGUUCCAAGCUCCAAUAUUAUGUUCCCAGAGGACUUUGGAAACAUUUUAAAUUGCAAGGGGAACCUGUAAAUUUGCGUGAACAACAUGAUGCUUGUGAAUUUUACAAUAUUUUAGUCGAGAGCUUGAAUGAGGCUCUAAAGGCAUUAGGACAUGAACAAAUAAUGAACAAGAUUUUAGGAGGAUCAUAUUCAGAUCAGAAGAUCUGUAAAACUUGUCCACAUAGAUAUUCACGUGAGGAAACCUUUACGGUCAUCAGCAUAGACAUCCGAAACUACAGCAACCUAUAUGACUCACUUGAACAGUAUGUUAAGGGAGACCUUUUAGAGGGGGACAAUGCCUACCUAUGUGAGAAAUGUGACAAAAAGGUUGAUACUGUAAAACGGAUAUGUUUAAAGAAACUACCCCCAAUUUUAGCAAUUCAGCUGAAAAGAUUUGACUAUGACUGGGAAAGAGAAUGUUCAAUCAAAUUCAAUGAUUACUUUGAGUUUCCACGCGAGUUAGAUAUGGACCCAUAUACGGUUGCUGGACUCGCUAGAAAUGGAGAACUCAUAGACUAUGACCCAGAAGAUAUGAAGACAGUGAUAUGUAGCAAGUACAAGUUGACAGGCAUUGUGGUCCAUAGUGGUCAAGCAAGUGGAGGACACUACUAUUCAUACAUUCUUCACAGAAAUGGGAAUGACCAGCGAUGGUACAAGUUUGAUGAUGGGGAGGUUACAGAAUGUAAAAUGGAUGAUGAAGAGGAAAUGAAAAAUCAGUGUUUUGGUGGUGAAUACAUGGGCGAGCAAGUAUUUGAUAACAUCAUGAAAAGAGUUAGUUAUCGGAGACAGAAGCGAUGGUGGAAUGCAUACUUGCUGUUCUACACUCGACUAGAUGUGGAGGAAGAUAAUCUCUGCAACUCUAUAAAUGAGCUCAGCAUAGCAGAACGCCCAGGAUUGAUAAAGAUGCCGAGUGCCAUCGAGCGAUCAGUGGUGCGGCAGAAUGUUAGGUUUAUGCAUUCCCGCUCCCAGUUUUCUCCAGAGUACUUCCAAUUCCUCAAGAAACUUAUAUUGACCAAUCAACCUUAUGUACUACCAGCACCACAGGAUAGGAUUGUUGAGAGUGAGGAGAUAGCUAUGAUUAGUACACAGUUGUGUAGCAAGUUCCUCUUUUCUGUGGGGUUGCAUACAAAGAAGACUUUACGUGGACCAGCGCCAGAGUGGUAUGAUGCCCUGCAGGUCCAUUUGCGAGCAUCAGUCCACACUCGGGCAUGGUUUGCUCAGCAGAUAUUAUUUGCCCAGCCACACCGUUUUGUUGAAUAUCUCUUGGAGUGUCCUGCGCCUGAAGUACGGAUGGUAUUCAGCAAGCUUAUAGUCCUAGUGGCCCAUUGUGCUCGUAAUGAUGGUCCACAGCCACUGGGAUGGGGACCUCUCAAACAUCAUCCUGGCCUUGAUAUGGCAAGUGGGAGCUGCACACUUAGUGACCAGUUGUUGGUAGCUGUGCUGCAGCUGCUGAACAAGGAUGUAUCCGAACACGGUCGUCAUCUCACUCAGUAUUUUCAUCUUUUCAACCUAUAUGCAUCAUUGGGUCCUCCAGAGAAGUUGCAGCUGUUGAAGUUGAAUGUGGUUGAGAUGUUUAUGCUGGUGGCUUUGGAUGAGGGACCAGGACCAGCCAUAAAAUAUCAAUAUGCUGAACUUGGGAGAUUAUAUCAGGUGGUUUCCCAGUUGAUAAGGUCUUGUGAUGUCUCCCAAAAACAACAGUCUUCACAACCAAACACUGCACCAUUGCCCAAUCCACAUGGAGAUCCAGCAUGUGCAGAACCUCUUAUGCCAAUUCAGCCCAAGGUUGUAGAAAUCCUUUAUGGAAGAGCAACGUAUGUGAAAAAGAUUAUCGAAGAUGCUAAUAGCUCUGAAGACACAGUGAAGCUCCUCAAGUUCUGUUGUUGGGAGAAUCCCCUCUUUUCUUCCACGGUGCUCUCGGAACUCCUGUGGCAGAUUGCCUACUCCUAUACUUAUGAGCUGCGACCCUACUUAGACCUACUUUUGCAUAUGCUGCUACUUGAUGAUUCUUGGCAGAACCACAGAAUUCACAAUGCACUUAAAGGUAUUCCGGAUGACAGAGAGGGCUUGUUUGAUACUAUCCAGAGAAGUAAGAACCAUUACCAGAAGCGAGCCUAUCAGUGUAUAAAGUGUAUGGUAGCUCUUUUCUCUUCCUGUCCUGCUGCUCAGCAGAUGCUUCACUCCAAUGGUGAUCUAAAGAGGAAAUGGACCUGGGCGGUAGAUUGGCUGAACGAUGAAUUAGACCGUAGACCAUAUGCAGCAGCCAAUCAGCAAUACGGAUUCAGCAAUUGGUCUCCACCUGCACAAAGUAAUGAAACUAGCAAUGGCUACUUCUUGGAACGUUCACCUAGUGCUCGUUCAACGCUGGAAAAGGCCUAUGAAUUGUGCCCUGAGGAUGAGCCAGAGGCAGAAGAAGGUGAAGAGGCAGAGGUAGCAGUUCCAGAAGAAGUUGCACCCCUUCCUCCUGUAUCAGACCCAGUGCAGCAACAACAGCAGCAGCAGCAGCAGCAGCAGCAGCAGCCACAGCCGCAGCAACAACAGCAGCAACAACAGCAGCAACAACAGCAGCAGCCGCAGCCACAACAGCAACAGCCACAGCAGCAGCAACCUGGGGUAAGUCAUUAACAUGAACUUUUUAAG